AUGGUUCGCAAGAAGGUGCCCCUCCAGUACAUCGGCGAGGACUCCACCUGUUGUCGUACCUACGAGCCGCGUCGCAACUACCUAAUGAAGAAGGUAGGCGAGCUAGGCAUCCUAUGCAACACCAAGGCCUGCGUUCUGGUGUAUGACGAGGGCGCAUCGGAGCCAUAUGUUUACCCGUCCCAUGCCGAGGCGGUGGAAAUCCUGAAUCGGUACAAGGCCAGGCCGAACAUGCCACAGUUCAAGAAGACGAUGAGCCAGGUGGAGUUCCUCACCAAGUGUCUGGCCAAGCUCCAACACCAGGCCAACAAGCUCCAAAGCGAGCGUGAGGACCGCGACAUCAGGGCCCUCCUACACAAGGCCAUGCUCGGUGGCAACCUCAACGCCGAGGAGGUCGCCAGUGUUGGCUGUACGUCGGGGGAGAUCCACAAGAGCCUCGUUGAGCACAUCACUAAAACCAACCCGCAGCUGCCGCAGGCGGGCGGGCAGCCACCGGUCUUCCAGCCCCAGGCGCCAUACAUUGUCGGUAGAGCCAACGUGGGGCCUUCGUCGAUGUAUCAAGCGCCGCUGCAGGAGCAGGCGGGCGGGCAGCCACCGGUCUUCCAGCCCCAGGUGCCAUACGUCACCGGCAGUGCUGACAUGGGAUGUCCCCCAAUGUAUCAAGUGCAGCCGCAACAGCAGUCGGGCGGGCAGCUACCUGUCUUCCAGCCCCAGGCGCCAUACAUCGUUGGCAGUGCGGACAUGGGUCCUCCACCGAUGUAUCAGGCGCCACCGCACCAGCAGGACGGCUGGAAGCCACCAGCAUUCUAGCCCCAAGCAUAGUACGUCACCGGCAGCAUCGACAUGGGGCCUCCGCCGAUGUAUCACGCGUUGCAGCAACAGGAGGGCUGGCGUAACAUGGUGAGAUCUAAGGGGGACCACAGCGCCCUGGUCUAUAAUAGAAAUGGCUACUGUACUGGUGUCCAUGAUGGCGCCGGCACCAGCUCGAGCGCCAGCUUCCCCCUUGAUGAUAUGAUGUCAUUCUUGGACGAUAUGGAGUUCGAGUUGUAG